AGAUCAAUUAAUGGCUCCCACAUUCGGCAAAUGUUUCACGUUCUGCUGCGCUAAGACCUCUCCAGAACACGAGGAGGAUGGACCGGAUUGAUAUUGGAAUAUAUAAUCAUUACUCCACAGAGAAUACAAUAUUAGGUGCAAACUGAUAAAACGAAUAAGAAUAUAGGGGGGAGACUCAUUAAAUUCGGCAUGUUCACAACAACCCUACAUUAUUCAUAAAUCACCAUUUCGCCCCACAGUUUUUAAUAUUUUAACUUUAAAAUCACUUGUCUUCCCAUUUUUGUGGAGUUUUAUUUUUAAAUUAAAAAAAAAAAUUGGGAACAAAAAAAGUAAGACUUGUUGAGGCAUGGAGGAUCACUCAAGUCUAUAAAUACCCCAUUCUCUCAUCAACAUCUACAUCAUAGAGAGAGAUAGCAGCAUCAUUAAGUGAUUUUACAUUCCUCCAUAAGAACAUUUUAUCCUCUGCUUUUUUGAACCUAUCAUCACGCUAAAGGAAGAAGACGAGAUGGCCACGGAAUCGUACGAAGCCGCCAUUAAAGGACUGAACGAUCUUCUCAGUAAGAAAACAGAUCUGGGAAACGUCGCCGCGGAGAAGAUCAAAGUGUUGACUCAGGAGCUCAAGGAGCUCGAUUCCUCCAACAACGACGCCGUUGAACGCAUCAAAUCCGGUUUCACCCACUUCAAAACCGAAAAAUACCUGAAGAAUGAUGCUCUUUUCAGUGAUCUCGCCAAGGGUCAGAGCCCAAAGUUUCUGGUAUUCGCUUGUUCGGAUUCUCGAGUUUGUCCAUCUCACAUUUUGAAUUUCCAACCUGGCGAGGCCUUUGUCGUCAGAAACAUUGCUAACAUGGUUCCACCUUUCGACCAGAAGAGACAUUCGGGAGUUGGAGCCGCCGUUGAAUACGCAGUUGUACAUCUCAAGGUGGAGAACAUUGUGGUGAUAGGACAUAGCUGUUGUGGUGGCAUUAAGGGACUCAUGUCCAUUGAAGAUGAUGCUGCACCAACUCAGAGUGACUUCAUAGAGAACUGGGUGAAGAUAGGUGCACCAGCAAGGAACAAGAUCAAGGAAGAGAAUCAAGACCUAAGCUACGACGAUCAGUGCAACAUGUGUGAGAAGGAAGCUGUGAAUGUGUCGCUUGGGAACUUGCUUUCGUACCCGUUUGUGAGAGCUGCAGUGGUGAAGAACACGCUUGCAAUAAGAGGAGCUCACUACAAUUUCGUGAAAGGCACGUUUGAUCUAUGGGAGCUCGAUUUCAAGACCACUCCAGCUUAUGCCUUCUCUUGAACAUAUACUCUCUGCUGUCUUUCUCACGAAAAGCUUUUGACUCAUCUUUUUCCUCGUUCUCAAAUGUUGAUUCUGGUCUCAACUUCUUUUAUUAUUAUUUCAAACUUCCAACUUUUGCUGCUUCUGUUUCAAAAAGCUGUAAAAAAUAAAACUAUGAACAACGUUUGAAACUUCUGUUCAAAUCAAGAAGUACCUCACUGGUUACUUUUAUCA